AGCCAUGCUGACCGAAGACUUUAUUCAUUGACAGGUCCUCAGCAGAGGGUGACGAUUGAUCAACGUACGGAGAUGCGGUCUAGGAUACUCUCUGUGACUUCUGCCAGUGCAUCACCAUUUGAGCAAAUUUUCCAGCUUGGUUCUGGUGAAUCUUCAGGCCGCAUUGCAGUGAACUUGCUCAUUUUCAAUCAUUUAGCUGCUGUCAUUAUUUUCGAACACUCUUUCUACGUUUUCGACCAGCGACGCCAUCUUAAGGACCAGCAAGAAUCUGUUCCCUCUUUUAAUGUUGCUCUCGGGCGGUAUAUGGCUUCUCCGUAUGCAAUUACUGUCAGGGACUCAGUGAAAACUGCUGUUCACGCAUAUCAAGAACCUCCUGUGGGCACUGCCGUCCACACAAAUGAAGGAAACUCGUCUAAUUGGAAAGCAAAGCUACUGUUUGGACGCUUCCGGAGGAAGAAAAAACAAUCUUUCAAACCCUCUCAGGGCAAGGUGAAAGAGUCCUUUGAAUGCUCUCAGGAGAUGGCGAAACAACCUAUGGAUUGCUCGGGUUUAAUCGAAAGAAUUCUUGCAAUCACUUUAGAGCAUCGCCUGCCACGACCUUGAUGCCAGUCAAUGAAUCACGACGUAGGUGAUGCUUGGAGUCAUAUUCUGGAGGCAAAUGAGGGUUUCUAGAAUGGUCUGUCGAGGGCGGUUCAAGUUUUGA